AAUCAGUGGACCACUGACUACUUAUUGAAAAAGGCGUCGUCGUUUAAUUAUUGAAAAUAAUUAUUAAAUGUUAAAACCUGAUAAAAUGGGCACUUUAACCGAUUUCGGACAGAUAGCUUUGAAAUGGGAUCCCAAAAAUUUGGAAAUUCGCACAAUGUCAGUUGAAAAAACUCUUGAACCUCUUGUUUUACAAGUUACCACUCUUGUAAAUACUAAGGGCCCAAGCAAAAAGAAAAAAGGAAAAUCAAAGCGGGCCAGCGCAUUAGUUGCAGCUGUUGAAAAGGCUACAGAAAAUUUUAUUCAAAAAGGUGAACAGAUUGCUUACGAGAAUCCAGACAUCACACAAGAAAUGUUAACAGCUGUGGAUGAAGUAAGAAAAACUGGAGAUGCUAUGAGCAUUGCAGCAAGAGAAUUUUCUGAAGAUCCGUGCAGUUCCUUGAAGAGAGGAAAUAUGGUGCGCGCAGCUAGGAAUUUGUUGUCAGCUGUAACCCGCUUGCUAAUUUUAGCUGAUAUGGUAGAUGUGCAUUUGCUUUUGAAAUCGCUCCAUAUUGUCGAGGACGAUUUAAACAAACUAAAAAACGCUUCGAGUCAGGACGAGCUUAUGGAUAAUAUGAGGCAAUUCGGACGCAAUGCAGGAGAACUUAUAAAACAAGCAGCUAAACGUCAACAAGAACUUAAGGAUCCCCAAUUAAGAGACGACUUAGCAGCUGCUCGGGCGAUGCUUAAAAAGCAUUCAACAAUGCUGUUAACUGCAUCAAAAGUGUACGUUCGCCAUCCGGAACUAGAUCUAGCAAAAGUAAAUCGCGAUUUUAUUCUAAAACAAGUUUGUGAUGCUGUAAAUACUAUCAGCGAUGUUGCCCAAGGAAAGUCAUCCCAACCGACAGAUAUAUACAGCGGAGCGGGAGAGUUGGCUGCAGCUUUAGACGACUUUGACGAGGGAAUUGUAAUGGAUCCGAUGACCUACAGCGAGAAGCGUUCACGCCAAUUGCUCGAAGAGCGGUUGGAAAGUAUUAUUAGUGCAGCUGCAUUGAUGGCGGAUGCAGACUGUACUCGAGACGAGCGACGGGAGAGAAUUGUUGCCGAAUGCAAUGCUGUGCGGCAAGCUUUACAGGAUUUGCUAUCUGAGUAUAUGUCAAACAUGAGUCAAAAAGAUAACAGCCCAGGACUCUCUCGAGCGAUUGAUCAAAUGUGUCGCAAGACUCGUGACCUAAGAAGGCAAUUGCGAAAAGCUGUUGUGGAUCAUGUUUCGGACUCUUUUUUGGAGACUACAACUCCUUUGCUAGAUUUAAUUGAAGCUGCAAAGUCGGGUAAUGAAAAAAAAGUUCGCGAGAAGUCCGAAAUAUUUACUAAGCACGCUGAAAAACUAGUUGAAGUAGCAAAUUUAGUAUGUAGCAUGUCAAACAAUGAAGAUGGUGUUAAAAUGGUUCGAUAUGCUGCUGCCCAAAUUGAAAGUCUUUGCCCGCAAGUAAUAAAUGCAGCAUCGAUAUUAACUGUUAGACCGAAUUCUAAAGUAGCUCAAGAAAAUAUGACUACUUAUCGGCAAGCCUGGGAGGUGCAAGUUCGUAUUUUAACCGAAGCAGUGGAUGAUAUUACAACAAUUGACGACUUCUUAGCAGUAUCAGAGAAUCACAUUCUUGAAGAUGUAAACAAAUGUGUAAUGGCCUUACAAGUUGGUGAUGCCAGGGAUUUGCGUGCAACUGCUGGUGCUAUUCAAGGCCGAUCAUCACGAGUAUGUAACGUUGUUGAAGCUGAAAUGGACAAUUAUGAACCAUGUAUUUACACCAAACGAGUUCUAGAAGCAGUCAAAGUUCUCCGAGAUCAAGUUAUGAUAAAAUUCGACCAACGUGUAGGAGCAGCCGUUGGAGCCCUUUCAAAUAAUUCCAAUAAGGAUGUUGACGAAAAUGACUUUAUUGAUGCUUCUCGUCUGGUGUACGACGGAGUUCGUGAAAUUCGAAGAGCCGUUUUAAUGAACCGAAGCUCGGAAGAUCUUGAUACUGAUACGGAAUUUGAACCAGUUGAAGACCUAACCUUGGAAACUCGAAGUCGAUCAAGUGCUCAUACCGGCGAUCAAACCGUUGACGAAUAUCCGGAUAUUAGUGGCAUAUGUACAGCUCGGGAAGCUAUGCGAAAAAUGACAGAAGAAGACAAACAAAAAAUUGCUCAGCAAGUCGAGUUAUUCCGUAGGGAAAAACUAACCUUUGAUUCAGAAGUUGCUAAAUGGGAUGACACUGGAAAUGACAUUAUUUUUCUGGCCAAACAUAUGUGUAUGAUUAUGAUGGAAAUGACGGAUUUUACUAGAGGACGAGGUCCUUUAAAAACUACCAUGGAUGUUAUUAACGCAGCUAAAAAAAUUUCUGAAGCUGGUACUAAGCUGGAUAAACUAACCAGGGAAAUAGCAGAGCAAUGUCCAGAAAGCAGUACAAAAAAGGACCUCUUGGCGUAUUUGCAACGCAUUGCCCUAUAUUGUCAUCAAAUUCAAAUAACUUCGAAAGUAAAAGCAGAUGUUCAAAAUAUAAGCGGUGAACUUAUUGUUUCCGGGCUGGAUAGUGCUACAUCGUUAAUUCAAGCGGCUAAAAAUUUAAUGAACGCCGUUGUAUUAACGGUAAAGUACUCAUAUGUGGCAUCAACAAAAUAUACAAGGCAAGGAACUGUGUCUUCCCCAAUUGUAGUAUGGAAAAUGAAAGCACCAGAAAAAAAACCUUUGGUCAGGCCGGAAAAACCAGAAGAAGUACGAGCCAAAGUUCGCAAGGGAUCUCAAAAGAAGAUUCAAAACCCUAUCCAUGCAUUAUCUGAGUUCCAAAGUCCUGCUGACGCUGUUUAAAAAUUGAUUUUCUAUCAAUAUCUAUUAAUUACCAUAAACAAAGUAGUAUUAAAAUCAUUGCGCUUAUCUAUGGUUACGAGGGCUGCUAUAUAUAAUUCUGGCCUUAUAAUGAAAAUACGAAUAUUUAUCAACGAAAAUGGUUUUAUUGUUUUUCAAAACAUAUGCGCUCAAACCAAUUUUCGAAACACUUUUUCCACUCCGAUUGAGAUGCUUCAACAGCAUCUCCUGGCGAGGAAAAUUGUUGACCACGCAUUAUUUUCUUAAUCUGUGAGAAAAAAAAAAAGUCAUUGAGUGCCAAGUCAGGGUUGUACGGCGGAUGACCCAUCAAUUCGACGUUUUGGCCGGUCAAAAAGGCGCUGGUUGAGCCGAUGUGUAAGAAGAGCUCGCAUUGUUAUGAUGCACAAUGAUUCGUCUUCUCAUGGUCGUUUUUCCCAUUUCUCCGAAGACUUCAGGCAAACAAAUGGUGUUUGCUCAAGCGGAACAGUAUCACACAUGACCAGUUUUGCCAAAAAAACAGGCUACCAUUUGCUUCGAAGUGCUUCUUCCACGAACAACUUUCGUUGGAUUUGGCUCGUCUUGGAAGACCCACACGGUCGAUAGCUCUUGUUUCGGGAUCAUACGGAUAGAUCAAUGAUUCGUCACCUGUGACGAUCUUAUAAAGGUCAUUUAAAGCACCGCGAUCGUAUUUUUCAGCCUUUCUUUGAGCGAUUGUUAGAUUGUGCGGGAUCCAACGAGAACAAACCUUUUUUACGGCCAUACAAAGAUUUUAGUUCAUCAAUACACUCUUGUCGUGAUAAUCCACGUCGAAGGUUGUGAAAAAUGAUCGCCCGAAAAUGUUCACGAGUUCAUUUCAUUUUUUGGCCGAAAUGAAUUUUUUAAUUCCCUGUAAAUAAAACAGUUCACAAUUAAAUAACAAAACGUUGUGAGUGAUGUUAUCCUACAAAUGUCAAACUUUCCAAUGGAAAUGUCAGAUUGCACCUGGCAACCUUUAGUAUUGUCUAGGCCAGAAAUAUAUAGCAGCCCUCGUAUUUAAAUGCUGCAAUCUAUUCAAUUACAUUCUUAUAUUACAAUAAUCGACCCUAUAAAAUAUAAUAAAAAAUACAUAUAAAAACCUUU